AUGAGUAAAGAAGAGAUGAUGAAGAUUCAGACUUGUGUUCUUAAAGUGAACAUACACUGUGAUGGUUGUAAGCAGAAAGUCAAGAAAAUCUUGCAGAAAAUUGAAGGUGUCUUCACUACCAAGAUUGAUGCAGAGCAAGGGAAAGUGACUGUCACUGGGAGUGUAGAUCCUUCCAAACUCAUCAAGAAGCUCGCCAAAUCUGGUAAACAUGCUGAAAUCUGGGGAGCUCCAAAGCCUAACAACAAUCCAAAUCAGCUCAAGGGAAUGCAGAUUGACAAUGGAAAAGGCGGCGGCGGAAACAACAAUAACAACAAGAAAGGCCAAAAAAACGGCGGAGGCGGCGGCGGAGGCGGCGGAGGUAACAGUAAUGCACCAAAGAUGGGUGGUCAGCAACUGAAUCCACAACAGAUUCAGCAGCUUCAACAGAUUCAGAAGCUGAAAGGGUUUCAAGAUCUGAAGAUUCCUCCACAGUUGAAGGGAUCUGCUCCGGUGAACAAGAACCAAAACCAGAAAGGUGUCAAGUUCGAUGUUCCUGAGGACGACGAAGAUGAUUUUAGCGAUGACGAGUUCGAUGAUGAGUUUAGUGAUGACGACGAGUUUGAUGACGAUGAGUUUGACGAUCUCCCUCCUCCGUCUAAUAAUAAGAUGAAGCCUAACAUGAUGAUGCCUAACGCUCAACAAAUGAUGAUGAUGAAUGCUCAGAAAAACGCCAAUCUUGCCGGUGGUCCCGCUAAAAACGCCGGCGGUAAGGCGGCUCCCGGUGGCGGCGGCAAAGGUGUUCCUGGCGGGGGCGGCGGCGGGAAUGGGGGAAAUCAAAACCAAGGCGGAGGCAAGAAAGGCGGCGGUGGAAAUCCACAAGAUGGUAAAAACGGCGGCGGUCCAAACGCCGGAAAGAAGGGUAACGGCGGAGGUGGGCCAAUGGCUGGAGGACUUCCGGCCGGUUUUCGUCCUAUGGGAGGCGGAGGACCACCGAGCAUGAGUAUGCCGAUGGCCAUGGGUGGUCCGAUGGGGAAUAUUCCGGCGGUUCAAGGAUUACCGGCGACCGGUCCAGGCGGUGUACCACCGGGGUAUGGGACAGAUCCGAUGCAAAUGCAGCAGCAACAAUAUUUAGCAGCGGUUAUGAACCAGCAACGAGCGAUGGGGAACGAGAGGUUCCAACCAAUGAUGUACGCACGGCCACCAACGGCGGUUAACUACAUGCCACCGCACCAGCAUCAGUAUCCGAACCCGUAUCCGUAUCCAAACCCGUACCCGUAUCCAUAUCCACCUCAUGGGAAUGAUCAGUACUCUCAUGCCUUUAGUGACGAGAACACAUCAAGCUGCUAUAUUAUGUGA